CGGUGACACCCACGAUGAGCUGGCAUUUGUGUGCCCAUGCGCUCGGACUCGAAUCCCCUUUUUUUCUCGAAAUAAAAGAGACACAAGCCGCUCACCGCCUACAUGACGUUUGCCCGCCCACCGGAGAGAGGACAAAAACAAUCGGCAUUUCUCUCGCUCAACAACAUAAACAAAAGGACGUAACCCAAAUUCUCCUACACAACAGCUCUACUAACGUCCUUGACAUGGUUUCCCCAGUAAGUGUGGUCAAGAGUGAAGGCCCCAAGCUGGUGCCUUUCUUCAAGUCAACCUGUGUUUACUUUGUCCUCUGGCUACCAACCUCAAGUCCAUCUUGGUUUAGCGCACUUAUCAAAUGCCUGCCCAUCUUCUGCCUCUGGGUCUUUCUGCUGGCACAUGGCUUCAGCUUCUUGGGGGCUCACUCCAGUGCCCGCAAGAUCCUCGCCGGCCUCAUCUUUUCUGCUCUGGGUGACGCUUUCCUCAUCUGGCAGGAGCAAGGCUACUUCGUCCACGGUCUACUGAUGUUUGCCAUCACUCACAUCCUCUACUCAUCUGCCUUUGGAAUGAAGCCCAUCAAUGUGCGCGCAGGCUUUGUGAUCACUGCUGUGUCCAGUGUGAGCUACAUGCUUCUCUACCCUUACCUGUCGGGCCCGUUUACCUACCUGGUGGCCGUCUACAUCGCCCUGAUUGGCUUCAUGGGCUGGAGGGCCAUGGCGGGCCUGCAGUUAGCCAAUGACCUGUGGACCUGGACCAAGCUGUCCGCCUGCCUGGGCGCCGUGCUGUUCAUGGUGUCCGACCUCACGAUUGCCGUCAACAAGUUCUGUUUCCCUGUGCCCCACUCGCGUGCUAUCAUCAUGGCGACCUACUACGCUGCCCAAAUGCUGAUUGCUCUGUCAGCCGUGGAAUGCCAGGAUGCAGAGGUCGCGCGGAAAAGAAUAUGAGCGCCCACUCUGUCUCUGUGACAACAAGGUGAUAGCUGCUCCCCGAGUGAUUGUGGACACAUCUCACUACUGGAUCACUCAGUCCUUCAUCUCCAUUGUUGCCAUGGCAACUAGACCGCCACAGUCUUGUAUGGUAGAUUCACAUUUCUUCUUUACAAUGAUACUGUGGUAGUAUUAUCUUCAGACUCUCCCAACAGCAGCUCUUCCCGCCUCUUCUGAUCCCUGAAAGGAAUGCAUCCUGAUACCUGAUGAACGUCGAUACGUGCACGGUACUGCAAACCUACCUGACAAAGUAUUAGUUCUAUUUUUUUUUGGUUUAAGGGGAGCAGGUCAUUAGGGACUUUUAAGGAAUGUGUUGGUGGUAAAGGAGUCUGGAUUUAUGUAUUUUCUUCAGGUCCUAUACCUCACCUAUCCUUUAGCAAUAGUACAUCAUCUCCACAUUCAAAGAUUAACUUGGUCCAGAAAUGCAAUUCAAUAUUUGUGACAAUUUAGAAUUUUUCACUGUCUAACGUUAUGUAUAAUGUUAUGUUGUUAUGUUAUGUUAUGUUAUGUUAUGUUAUGUUAUGUUAUGUUAUGUUAUGUUAUGUUAUGUUAUGUUAUGUUAUGUUAUGUUAUGUUAUGUUAUGUGUAGAUUUUUAUUCAACCGAGUCAAAAUCAUCCACAAAAGUUGAAUCAAAGCUAACUGGAUGCCUUAGCCGAAAACCAAGAAGUGCAGUUGGCUUUGAUUUACCUUCUGUGGUGUAGCUUUAGCUGCCCACUAAAAAAGGGUUUCUUACAUACUUGCCCAUAUUUGACUCCACACUUAUCUUAUUCUGUUUUCCCCUGUGUUGAGGGUGCUGUUUUUUUUUUAAGGGAAGUGACCGGUUAUUAGCAAGGAUAUGUUGCAUGUGCCCUGCACCUAGCUUAAGUAAUUUGAUUCAUAUUGCAUUUGUAGACUGAAAAUGAAACAGACUAAUCCAUCCAUUUUCAUCCAUCUCAGGGGACCGCCAUUUGGAUAUUAUGACGCCCUCUGAUGUCAACUAAAAUUGUCGUCCGAACUGCCCUUGGGCUCACAUUGUGAAAGUCACGUGACCAAACCCAGAAAACCGGUGAGCUGUGACCUUGACAAACAAAUGCAAGAUUAAUCAAAAUACUACUGGGGACACAUACAACUUUUGAAGAGACUAUUCUUGUGUUUAAUUCCCUUUUAGUCGGGCCGGUGUCUUAUCUGCGAUCCCCUCCAUUCCACUCACAAAUAAUCCUAAUGCUUGUUAUUUGCUCUGCUCUUCAACAACCUCAGCAACACACCCAGUCUUUGUAGGUAUUUUAACUCAAUCCUCAUUAUGUGGAGUUAAAGCUCCUCACAGGUAAAGCUGGUUAGUCAUUCAUUUGUGAAUGGUUGUCUUUAUCAUUAAGGAGUAAUGAAUGAAUUUUACGGCAAUUUGAUCAAAGAUUCACUGCAGCUUUUCUUAAUGCGGUAUGAUAUAUAGGCAAUACUGAGCUGCUAAUGUUGACGCCUUCCCAUUAUGAGAGGAAAGUUAGUUGAAAUGGCCUGCAAUUGUUUCGCGUUGACUGAAAUGAAAGUGUUUUCUGAAUGAAAUAUGUAUGAUGAUAUACUGUAUCUGCGCUCUCAGAAGCCUUUUCUCAAACCAAAGCCACUUGUCUUGUCAUGCGAGGAAAAAGUUUUGCUCUUAUAUAGGUAGGACCAGCAAAAAAAAAACAAAAAAACAAUGGCACUGCCUAUUUGCACAAAAACUAAGGCCAAGGAAGAUGAAAUCAUCUUUUGAAAUUCUGAUGAUGACAUGAAUACAGGACUUUAUAGUCAAGCAGCAUUUUCCUCUUUCUUUUUGUUUUUAACAGUUCAGCUUUGGCAGUGGGAUGUACUCCUUGUGACAUCUAGUUUAUCUUGUCACUAUCCCACCUUUUAUGUUUCACACCAUCAUUGCUUUAUGGAUAGAAUGAAGUGUGGUCUGUAGCAGAAUAUUACAACUUGAAGCUGUAAACACAUGCACACACACACAUGUGCAUACAUACUGUACAUUAUAUGCAUGUUUUUGUGUGUGCAUUUAUUAUUAGCUUGUGCGUAUUAUUGUGAACGUCUAUUGUAUGCACAGUAGGACCGUCUUAAGGCCAGACAUGCUGGGACUCACAGAAUGGGUUAAUGUAGAUUCAUGUGUUCACUCAAUGCAACAGUGCUCCAGUGGUGAUAAUUGCUGCAAAAACGCCAGCCCCCCCCCCCCCCCCCUCAGAACUUCAUCCACCCUCAUAUGGGCAAGGAAUCUUUACACGCACUGUCGUUGUUUCCAUCCCACCGUAACGAAUCUGCAGGCAGAGCGUAACGAUGACUUCGCUUAUUUCACUUUACUGACAUCAACAGGAGUAGAAACAAGUCAAGACUAAAUUUUUGGCUGUUGUUUCGCCAGAUAGUUCCUCAAUCUACUUUUGGCCCGUCAGCAUCGUUGUCUGUAUAAUCGCUUUGUCAGUCAGUUCCAUCAGUGUGACCAUGUAUUUUUAAUCUGUCCACACAGCAUCUUCCUCACCCUAUGCAUUGGUCUCCUUGUUCUAUCAUAAGCUUUAGGUCAAACCAUGUCGGGAAAAAAAAGAUUGAGUCGGGAGGUCUUACUCAUCUGUGGGCAAUUUAUAUAAGCAACUCUUUGCCAAAAAAAGGCAUGAGGAUAUUUGCUCUUCUGUCCUCUUGGCUUCAAUGUGUAAGACAAGAUGAACAGUUGCUCCAGUUAUUUUUGUUCAGCAACCCACACUCUAGAAAGUCGUGUAUGCUGAAGUUGCUGUUCCGUGAUCUGAAUUAUAAAGCUGCGAGUUGUCAUUUCUGUCAAACAGCUGACCAAGGUGAGCUUCUCCCUGUCCAUCAGAAGGCCACUUUACCUCAGCCUGCCAAUAGCCCUGUUCUCAAUUUCGUGCAAGACGACAAAAAGAAACCGUAAGAGCUAUAGGAGGCAUUUUGGGACGGUGAUAAUAUAAUAUAUAAAUAAUUAUUCUCAUAAUGAUCGAGAACCAGUAGCUGAUCAAUAGGUCCAUGUUUUCAUUCGUACUCUGCCCUUUCUCUCUUGGUUUCUUUAUUAUGGAAACUUCAGAACAUAUGUGUGUGUGUGUGUUAGCUUUUUUAUUUUUCAUUGUAAGACUGCCAGACUACCAACAUCCCCAUGAGGGUAAAACAUGUAAAAAAUAAUGACCCUGGCCAAAUGCAUUUUUUGAAUACUUUUUAUGGAAAAAGAAAGCAACAUUGGAUAUUUAAAUGAGAUAUUUGUAAUGAUUUUUUUGACCAAAAUGUAAUACAAUUUGGCAAUUAACGCAUAUUCAAUGUUUAAAUGAAGUAGUAAUGGCUACUGACAAUUUUGUUUAUUUUAAAAUGCACCCUACAGGGUAUUUUCUUAUAACUGUUCAAUGAAAUUGGGCAAUUUAAAAAAGAAAAAUAAAUCUUCAUACUCUUCUUUCUUGUGUCAUUUACACAGAUCCAAAUUCACUUUCAGUCAAAAUUCUGCCAGCUCGAUGUACAAACAAUGCAAUCAAUCUCGUCCAAAUGUUAAACAGAACCUAUUACGUGCUGCUAUUAUGACAUAACCCUUGUAGCAAUGAAAAGAAAAAAAAAAAAAAGAAUGUUUUACUGAUGAUUGUUGAAGCACAAUAAAGCAUGCAUAAGUGUGAGGUUUAGUUUGAG